CUUGACAAUACCAAUCAAAAGUUUAUUCCCUAGCUAGCUCCUUCAUCUUUCAUAUUUCCCUUCUUGUGUGAAUCCAGAAAUGGAAAUACAUCCAAUCCCAAACAACUUGGCUGAUUCAAAUGAGUUGGUAUCAGUGAAAACCCCAAAGUCCUUAAAGGAAAUCCCAGGUCUUCUUAUGGCACCACUUGCUGUAUAUUACCCACCUGGUUUUCUCAAAAAGGUCCUGGCAGAGGUUAUAGCGACCUAUCUUUUGGUGUUUGUGACCUGUGGUUCGGCUGCACUUAGCACAAGUAAUGAACAAAGAGUCUCAAAACUAGGAGCCUCAGUUGCUGGAGGGCUUAUUGUGACAGUGAUGAUCUACGCCGUGGGACACAUCUCCGGUGCACACAUGAACCCAGCAGUCACUCUAGCUUUCGCCGCUGUUAGACAUUUUCCAUGGAAACAGGUCCCAGUUUAUGCAGCAUCUCAACUAACUGGAGCCAUAUCUGCAGCUUAUACUCUGCGUCUACUAUUGCACCCCAUUAAAAAUCUUGGUACUACAACACCUAUGGGAACAGAGAUUCAAGCUCUAGUCAUGGAGAUAGUUGUCACUUUUUCUAUGAUGUUCAUUGCUUCAGCUGUGGCAACUGAUACUAAAGCUAUAGGAGAGCUAGCAGGUCUAGCAGUUGGUUCUGCAGUAUGCAUUACAUCCAUCUUGGCUGGACCAGUAUCAGGUGGAUCUAUGAACCCAGCAAGGACACUAGGUCCAGCACUUGCUAGCGCAACCUAUAAGGGGAUUUGGGUGUAUGUGGUUGGACCGGUGAUUGGAACACUACUAGGGGCUUAUACUUACAAUCUAAUCCGAGAGUCCAAUAAGCCAGUCCAUGCAAUUUCACAACAGUCACUUUCAUUCAAAUUAUGUCGAAUCAGAAGCAACGAUGUGGAGUUUGUGAACAACAACACUCUCCAGACUGUGUGAUGUCAUGGAAUGGUUCUGCAAAUCAUGAAGAAUUUUUUUCAUGAGCUUCCUGCUUUAAUUCCCUGUACAAGCUUCCUGCUUUGCAUUUCCUACCAAAGAAAUGUAGUAUCAUGUACUAGCU